CAAUAAUUGAACUUGACGUAGCCUUAUCACAUAAAUAGACUAAAAAUCGAAUAAAGCUUAAGCUAAUUAGGACGUGAAGGAAGAGGGGAAAAAAAUAAGGAGAGAGAGGGAGGUUAUAGGGAAUAACGAACUUUCUCGGCACGCGUGAAAAGAUUAAGAGACACCUCACACGUGCUGCGAAAUGAAACGUGAUGUGUAGCACCUCUCCACGUGUUCCUCCUUCUCAUUCACCCUCUCUCUCUCUCUCGUCUGCUUAUAUUCUUCUUCCCUUGGAAUGGAAAGGUCUCACUUGAAGACUUGUUAAUUCAAUUUCAACCCUCCCUAUAUCCCUACUAUCCUACUACCUAAGCCUAGCCCCAUCCUUUACGCCGUCGUUUCCAACUCCUUAUUCUCUCUACUCAUAAACCCCCCAAAACUCCAAUUUCCCCCAUUUUUCAGCCAUGAUCAACAACUGACGAGCAAAACCUCAAUUGGAUCCCCCAAUGGAAGCCAAUUUCACCUACAUGGGCCGCAAAUUCUCCGACCUCACCCUCAACGACUCAUCCUCCUCCUCCUCCGCCUUCAGCGACUGCAACAGCGACAGAUCCGGCGAGUUCCCCACCGCCUCCUCCGAGAGCCGCCGCCUCUUCCUCGCCUGCGCCGCCGACAACUCUGACCAGCUCAUCUCCCAGCUCGUCGCAGGCCUCGCCUCCGACUGCCCCGACGUCCAGAAGCAGGCCGCCAUGGAAAUCCGCCUCCUCGCAAAGAACAAGCCCGAGAACCGCCUCCGGAUCGCCCGGGCCGGCGCGAUCCGCCCGCUCGUCUCGAUUGUCUCCUCCCCCGACCCCCAGCUCCAGGAGUACGGGGUCACGGCGAUCCUUAACCUCUCCCUGUGCGACGAGAACAAGGAGGAGAUCGCCUCCGCCGGCGCGAUCAAGCCGCUCGUGCGCGCGCUCCGAGUGGGGACCUCUGCCGCCAGGGAGAACGCGGCGUGCGCGCUGCUCCGCCUGUCGCAGGUGGAGGGGAACAAGUCUGCAAUCGGACGGUCGGGAGCAAUCCCCCCGCUGGUGGAUCUGCUGGAGGGGGGGAGCCUGCGGGGGAAGAAGGAUGCGUGUACGGCGCUCUACUCUCUGUGUGGGGCGCGUGAGAACAAGGUGCGGGCAGUGCAGGCGGGUAUUAUGAAGCCGCUGGUGGAGAUGAUGUCAGAUCUGGGGUCGAGCAUGGUGGACAAGUCGGCUUACGUGCUGAGCCUUCUGGUGCCGCUGCCGGAGGCAAGGGUGGCCCUGGUGGAAGAAGGCGGGAUUCCAGUACUGGUGGAGAUUGUUGAGGUGGGGACCCACCGCCAGAAGGAGAUUGCAGUGGCUAUACUGUUGCAGCUGUGCCAAGACUCUGUGGCUUAUCGGACCAUGGUGGCUCGAGAGGGAGCAAUUCCGCCAUUAGUGGCCUUGUCCCAAACCGGCACUAGUCGUGCCAAACAAAAGGCAGAAGCACUAAUAGAGCUUCUAAGGCAGCCAAGAUCCGCCAACGCCGCUGCUACCACCGUCUGACAUGUCGCUCUCGAUCUCACAUCACAUGCGCAUCACCUCUGCCCUGUCCAAGGAAAUCCAAGAAAAAGGACAANGACACACAGAGAGGAUGAGAAAAGAGGUAGUCCAUAAUUGUAUAUAUGUAACGUGCUGUUAAAAAAUCUUUGUAAAUUUGCCCGGGCCCACCUCGAUUUUGAUCUUGUUAUGCUAUUACUUUUGCUUUCUACCAUUAGUAUUUUGUAUUUUCUCUUUGUUUCUUUCUUCUUAUGGAUUUAUUAUUAUAUUUGGUGCUCUCAAUGCAUAAGCUAAUCAAGAGCGGUUAAAGGA